UGUCGCUGCCUGUUUUCACCACCACCGCCACUGCCACUCACACCUCAACCCACAAUGAACACCUCUGCUGUGCGAGCCAUCAUCACUGGUGGUGCCAGGGGCCUGGGCUUUGCUGCGGCCUCCCGCCUCGUCGGUGCAGGCGCCAAGGUUGCCAUUGCGGACGUGUCUGCUGAAGUCGGCGGUGCUGCGCGUGAGAAGCUUGGUAGCAACUGCAUCUUCCAGCCCACAGACGUCACCUCCGAGGAGCAGGUCCUCUCGCUGCUUGAGGCUGCCAAGAAGGAGUUUGGUGCACCUGUCAACGCCGUCAUCAACUGCGCCGGAGUUGCGCCUGCCAUCAAGACAUGGCACCCGAAGAAAGGGCCUCAUCCACUCGAGGCGUUUGAGAAGACUCUGCGCAUCAACACCAUCGGCACCUUCAACGUGAACCGCCUUGCCAUUGCCCAAAUGAUGGAGAACGAGGUGCACGAGCCGGAUGCGACGCGCGGCGUGGUGAUCAACACUGCGAGCAUCGCUGCGUACGAGGGCCAGGUUGGCCAGGUUGCCUACGCCGCGUCAAAGGGCGCCAUCGUCGGCAUGACACUGCCAAUGGCCCGCGACCUCGCCCGCUCCCAGAUCCGCGUCGUCACCGUGGCGCCGGGCCUCUUCAAGACGGAGCUGCUUGCCGGCCUUGGCGAGAAGGUGUGCAACGAGCUUGGCUCGCAGGUGCCGUUCCCACAGCGGCUGGGGUCGCCGCCAGAGUACGCGAUGCUGGUGGAGCACAUCAUCAACAACCCGCUCAUCAACGGCGAGACCAUUCGCAUUGACGGCGCCCUCCGCAUGCCGUGAUGCCGACCGUGGUAAAGGUGGUGCUGUAGCGGUGGUGAUGGUGGUGGUGGUCGAAGACGUGGGGGUUGAGAAGCCGUGUUGUUGCUGUUGUUGAUGGUGCACGGCGGUGGCGGUGGUUGGCCGCCCCUCGCUUCCAAGCUGACCGCGCCGUGUCGCUUUGUGUUGUGUACUUGUGCCUUUUCUAUGUCUCGUGUCGUCUCACAUCAAACACAAAUUUGGAACGUCAGCGGCCAUGAUGCUGGUCGAUAUCAUUUAGUGGUCAGUCAAUUCGCCUUCGGCAACAACAACAACAACAACAACAACAACAACAACAACAACGGCAAGGCACACGCAGCCUCGCA